ACCAUGUGUCAGCUUAUUUAUUUAAAAACAUAUCAGGGGGACAUGUCAAUAAGUGUAAUACAGUAUUAUGUUUAAACUAAUAAGUUCGAAAUAAAAACACAAAACAGAAAGUAUUUUGUCAUUAUUCGUUUGUUCGUUCAGUCCUUCUUUGUUGAGAUCCUCGUCUGCUCAGUGGGCGGGGCGACCGGGGGCUUCUACGCAUGCGCGCCUCGGGCUCUCGGUCACCUCUCUGAAGUCUGACAGCCGCGAGCGUUAGUGACGCUGGAGAAUAUUCCCGUGCACCGAUAGAUCACGCAGCUCUCAGAGUCGGUCCAUAUGUGAACGGAUCGCGGCUCGUCGUGGGGGCUGUCAGUCGGGAAGGACGCCGCCGAGAUGCGCGACGCGCUGUUGACGCCCGUCAGACGCUUCCCGUGGGCGACCAACGUGACGCUGUACGGCUGCCUGUUCGCGGGCGGAGAUUUUGUUCACCAGCUUUUUUCACGUAAAGAACGAGUUGACUGGACUCACACGAGAAACGUGGCCGUAGUCGCGUUCGGUUUUCACGGAAACUUCAAUUUCUUUUGGAUGCGCUUUUUGGAGCGACGCUUCCCCGGUAACGCGCAGCGGUCGGUGCUGCGGAAGCUGCUGCUGGACCAGACGCUCGCCGCGCCGCUCGCCAUCAGCGCCUUCUACACAGGUGUGAGCUUCAUGGAGGGCAGAGAGGAGGUUCUGCAGGACUGGAGGGAAAAGUUCCUCAACACCUACAAGACAGGACUCAUGUACUGGCCGUUCAUGCAGUUCCUCAACUUUGCUCUGGUUCCUCCGCUGGUCCGCACGGCCUUCACCGGCUGCUGUGGAUUCCUCUGGGCCACGUUCCUCUGUUUCUCGCAGCAGAGCGGAGACGGCACCGUCACGGCGGCUCUGGACUGGAUUCGGGACAUGGAGGACAAACGACAGGAACCGAUCUCCAGAACGGACUCGGCUGAAAGACGCUCCUGCUCAAAGAAGGACUGAGACGUUCCUCCGGUCGGUUCUGGUUCUCAUUCAAAACACGGACAGAGAUUAUUUUAUGUCAGUUUUCAUUUUUAAGGUUUCCUUUUUUAAACAAGGAAAAGUUUUUUUUAAAGA